AUGCAACCCCCCGCCGCUGACCCCUUGAAUGUGCUGAACGUCAAGCGCACGGGAGAGAAAGUGGACCGCCUGGCUUUCCACCCUGUCCUCCCCUGGAUCGCUUACACUCGGAGAGACAACAUUGUGUGUAUAUGGAACUUCGAAAGCGACCAGGUCCUGGUUGCGCUCGUGGGAGCGCACAAGGGUGCUGUCACGGCGCUGCAGGUCCUGGGGAGCGAGGCAGCAAAUGGCGCAGAUCGCUUGAUCAGUGCGGUCUGGGAGCCGUCAACUGCUGCAUAUGGCCCAGGACCUCGACGUGAGAUCUCUCCACGCCUGUUUUUCAAGGCUCAUGAGGCAGCCGUUUCAAGUCUCUGUCUGGUGGAGGUUUUCCCAGGCGAAGGGAGCAGCCGCGUGCAGUACCUUGCCACAACAGGUGAGUCCACCGUCCUCAUGGGGCUCCAUCCAGAAUCUGGGGCGUCCUCACACUGCCUUGAUCUGGCUGGCUGGCUUGAUCCUGGCCAGAAGAAGGCUGUCAAAGUGUAUGGUGCUUUUGGACAUCCCCUCAGGCCGCACCUCCUGGCCGUGGCAACCAACACCGGCCUGGCCCUCCUGGGUUUCAGCGGGAGCGGCCCCCCUGCUGUGCUGGCGCUGCCGCAUCAGGUGCUGACCCUGGACGCGAUCGCCAGCAUGCCCGAGGCCGCGCCCAACGCGCCGUCUGCGGUGCGGGCUGCACAGGGCUUCACCUGCCUGGCUGCGGCAGGGCAGUCACUCUGGACUUCCAGCCUGCGCCUCGAGACGACGGCUGGGCCACCCGGCUCGUCAGAGAAGAGUGUGCGCCUGGACCAGGGUCCCCGGGAGGCGAUUGCAAAGCUGGAGCACAGCGGACCGGUGCUGCUGGCGUGCAGUGCCAGCGGGCGCAGCGUGAGCGUGGUCUGGCCGCAGCGGCAGCUGUACUGCGUGUUCUGCCUGGCACCCAGCGGUGUCUGGGAGGUCAUCGACUCGGGUGCUGCGUCGGCCCUGGUCUGGAACAGCCUCCAGUCUCAGUAUGCUCUGCUGUGCUCGCCUCCUGUCGUUGUGGAUGCCCCCAAGCCCAAGAAGGGCAUGUUUGCCGCCUUUGGGAGGCGCAAGCACAGCACUUCAGCGCCCAAACCGGAGGAGAGUGCUGAGUCGGCACCAGCACACGGCGCGCGUCCCGGAUCGCACGUCCAGGUGCACGUGGUGGACGAAUCCCGCGCCGCGCAGUGGGUUGUCAAUCAGGGGGUAAGCCUCGACGGCCUGCCCUCGGCGUUGCACGGCGGUCCAAUGCUGGGUGUCGUGGUGGAGGGAAGGGCGAGCGGUGGAGAGGGGCUCAACGCUGGGCUGCAGCUCCUCAGCUGGACCAAUUUCACAGCCGUCGGUCCGAGACUGCCGGAACCCCGCUGGCUGAGCUGGGAGCCAGACUGUACGGUGCUGGCUCUGGCAUACCAAGACAGCGUGGAACUGUGUAGAACCAACCCUCGCUUCGAGGCAUACGCCUCGCUGCCGAUCCCAGAAGCGUGCUCCGGCAUCUGGCAGACGCGGCAGCUGUUCCUGGCCACCCCCACCGCCAUCCUUGCGGUCUUCACGGAUCCAGCCCAGGAGUUUGUGCAGACCAUCCCUCUGGCAAGCUACGAGGGUGUGGCUGCCUCGCAGGUGGCACCGUCCACUGAUUCAAGUCCCCUGCCAAUCACCGUGCCGCGGCCUCUCGGGCCUGUGGUGCUCAUGGGCAUUCGACACAGCUAUCUGUGGCUGGCAGAUGGGCUGGGCAGGCCGUACCUGGUCAGCCUGAGGCAUGCUGGAGUCCGGCUGAGGUGCCUGGCAGCACGCUCCGAGUUGAGCACUGCCCGCACCAUUGCCGAAAGAGGCCUUGGGGCGAUCUUUCACGACGACAUCGCGCGAUACCUGGUGGCCAUGGGGGGGCAGGAGGGCGUCGUGGAGGCCCUGCGGCUCACUGGCCUAUCACCCCAAGUGGAGACAGCGCUGGCAGUCAGAGUCGAGGACUGGGACCGGGCUGCUGCCGCUUUCCAGACCCUGGCCCUGGGGAUCAAGGACAGGAGCCUGCUCCAAGUCGUCACAGACUCGGGAGGGUCGCUCCUGGAAAGCUCAGCGGCCCUGGACGCACAUGCAGACCAGGGCAGUCUUGGUGUGGAUGCCGUGUCUCGCAUUUUGGAGGAGGAGGCGGCAGAGAGGGAAGCCGCGUCCAAGUCGUUCAACAAGAGAAAGAAGGAUCGGCAGGGAGGUAGCGAAGAGGAUGACGAGGAGGGAAGUGCCGACAAUUCAGCUGCUGAGGGAGGGGAGGCAGAGGAGGAGGAGGUGAAGCCUUCUGACAUCGACUGGGACGCCGAGCUUGCUGACACCUCGAACAACGAUCCCUUCAGGGGCGAGGCGGAGGGCGCUAGGCCCCUCGCGCCGCCCACCGUUUACGCCACCGCAAGUGGAAAGGCCCUGCAGUCCAUUCUCACCCAGGGCCUGGACCUGGCCGAUGCUGCCAUGGCAGCCGGCCACUGGGAUGCUGCGCGCAUGGUCCUCGGCGUCUUUGUGCGCAUGGCCAGCGCUCUGCCACGCACAUUCCUUGCCUCCCUUGUUGUGGGUCUGGGUCAGUGCGCCAUGACCGAGAGCGCUCACACGCUGGCUCGCGCCGCGGUGGUGGGUGCCUCCCCGAACCUCCAUGUUUCCUCUGUGGCAGCUCCCCUGGCGGCCCUCAUCGGCGGCCGCAACUCCCGCGCGGUGGCUGCCACGCUCACGAAGGCCGAGCUGGCGCCCCUCGCGUCCGUAUUUGCAAAUGUCUGGGGCGUUCAGGGGGAAGACCCUCCUGCAGAGGCCUGGGAGAGGAUGCUGGAUGCAGACGAUCCUCACAGGGGCCAGCGUUUUGUCGUAGUUCCGCCUGUGCUGUGA